AUGAAGGUUGGUCUCUGCACUCUUGCAUUGAGUGUGGCGAUUUUAUGUGUGCCUGCUGCGGCCGACUGGCAGUUCCGCUCUCGUCCUGAUUUGGCUCCUCCACGCCUGAAUAUCACCAUACCAGCGACUGAUGCCGUUGAGAAUGGGUACCUUUUCCUUGCGCCUUUCGCCGGUUACCCAGACACUCCCAGUGAGCAGCAUGGUCCUCGCCAAGCUGGUCCGUAUAUUUUCAGGGAUAACGGCGAUCUUGUGUGGUCUGGGUACGCCCUUUACAGCAUUUGGGCAACCAAUUUUCAGGCGGGUCGCUGGAAAGGCAAAGACAUUUUGUUCAGCUUUGAAGGCGACCACAAUGCUGGAUAUGGUCACGGCCAUGGUCACGUCACGUUCAUGGAUCACCACUACGAGACCGUUCGUGAGUUGCGUGCUGGGAGCCACAAGCUUGUUGACAAGCAUGAGUUUCACAUUAUCAACGAGCAGACUGGCCUGAUUCAGAUCUACCAGCCUGUGCCUCGGGACCUCACUCAAUUCGGUGCCAGCCCAGAGCAGCAAUGGAUUGUAAAUGCUAUUAUACAAGAGCUCGAUAUUUCAACUGGAAAACUGCUGUUUGAGUGGUCCAGCCUGGAUCACGUCACUCCUGAUGAGGCCAUUCUUCCCAUCAAUCCAGGUCAAGCGGGCUCGGGAUAUAACUCCUCAGACGCGUGGGACUACUUCCACAUCAACAGUGUUGACAAGGAUUCCAAUGGCAACUACCUCAUCUCUGCUCGUGAUGCUUGCGCUGUUCACAAGAUCAAUGGCACCGAUGGCUCCAUAAUCUGGCGUCUCAAUGGGAACCGUUCUGACUUCAAGAUGGCCAAUGGUACCAGGUUUUGCUUCCAGCACCAUGCUCGUUGGUUGAAGCAGGAUAACGAUAUUGAAAUUAUCAGCCUAUACGACAACAGUGCGCACGGAACUGAGAACAGUGGUGGUUCGUUGGUUCACACUGCACCCACCAGCAGCGGCAAGAUUCUCAAAUUGAACACCACGUCCUGGAGUGCUGAACUCCUCGGAGCCUACUACCCUCCCGACGAUCUCCUGUCAAAGUCCCAGGGCAGCACGCAGGUACUGCCUGGCGGAAACGUCCUUGUCGGCUGGGGUUCUGAAGGCGCUAUCACCGAAUUCACGAGUGAUGGAACUCCCAUAUUUCACGCUUACCUGGACUCAGGAUUUUUGGGUCAAGGUGUUGAGAACUACCGCGCUUUCCGCUACAAUUGGACGGGCUUGCCGAGCGAGGAUCCUGCGAUCGUUGCUCUCCACAACGAGCAUGGGACUAGUAUCUAUGUCUCAUGGAACGGCGACACCCAGACGGCUUUUUGGCGCUUUUAUGCCGUGGCCGAUGAAUUUGGUUCUCGCGAAUUCCUUGGCGAAAUUGAGCGCAGGAGCUUCGAGACUAACCUUCACGUACCCAAUAAGAAACUUACUGCGGUAGUGGCGGAAAGUUUAGAUGUAUUAGGGAAGGUUCUCACUUCUACUGCAACUGUUAAGACCGAGCAGGAGAUUUUGCCCGCUAGCGCCAAAGAUGACUCCUGGCCUAACAGCGUCAACUCCAUUCAUGAGGCGAAACCAGAGGGAAAACUUAGCCAAAGCAGCAAAUGGGAGGAGUAUGCCAUUCUCAAAUUUCAGCGCCUAGGCUUGAAUGCGGGUGAUGACUUUUGA